GACAAGGAAAAAAAGACAUGCUAUAUUUAGGUACAAUCGAAUAUAAGUUUCACUGAAUAAUCGGUUGUUUUGAUCUUUUUGUCUUGAAAUGUUCCGGGAUCCAAAAUGAAAAAAGACAAAAAAAAAUUGAGCAAAGUAUAACAGUGGCAUAGUACAUGCGAUGAAAUUUUCUUGGUUUUCUAAACUUGUAUGCACCCGCCUUACGAUUAAUUUUUAAAAAUUAGCUUUUGACAUAAACUUCGCAAACAGGAGGUAAUUAAGCCUGAUCUGACAUGAAUUUUAUCAAUAUUUAGUUUUUAGGGGGUUUUAAAGAUGUCUCUUGGGCAGACUCGGCGCUAAGCCAAGACAAUUGCUGGAGUCUUCGAAUAACAGCGCGAGUUGAAAAGAAAAUACAAUAUCCUUCUUUUGCGGUCUCUUUAACACACUUAAUUUUUGGCAAAAUCUACAUUUUUCCAUAUCGUCAUUCAGAUCAGCAGCAAACCAAUUGAACGGUUUAUUCGUUUUAUGCGUGGUGUCGAUGAUUUUCGUUGUACAGUUCCUGUUUUGCGCGGCGAAAAUCUCUUCAGUUACCGUCAAAACGCUCAACUCUUCUCUGUGUGACUUGGGGCUGAUCAACUGAGCAUGCGUCGUGAAGAGCCCGGAGGUGUAUACGUGAGGUGCUAACCUUUUGGACACCGCACCAAUGUCAAAUAUCUUUCAUGUCGUUUAUUAAUUGUUUGUUUUUUUCAUUCCGUCCUCCUAACAUUAUGGAAUUUCAAAGUUAGGGAGGAAGUUGAAAUUUUCUUCGAGUUUUAGGCCGCUAACCUUGAUAAAGGCGAAAACACGUCGACUUUGUUGACGAAUCGACGGCUUUUGUCGUGAGUUCUCGACCUCUUUGGAGUAAUUGUUUCCCGCAUGAAGAUGUUAUCUUUGCUUUUGCAUGUUUUUUCAAUAAAAGCAAUUGUAUCAAGACCAGCCUGAAGGAGAAAAAUUUACAUGUGUCAGGCUUUUGUCUUUAAGCAAUUAAAAUGGAAUGAACCUUUAAGGACUUGAAAUUCGCAUAAAUGAACGUCACUAGGGAGACUUGAAGUCUAAUAAUUCACUUGCUCCUCGGCGUAAGUAAUUUUCAUUGAAUAUUUGUAAUUUUUUGGGGGAAGAAUUGCCUUUUAGACUCUUUACCACUUAAGAAUUUCAUACACAUCGAUAUUCCAGUGACAGGGAAGUUUUUUUUUUAUCGUCGAGGGAUCAUUAAUCCUUUUAAUCAGGUUUUGAAUUUUGAGGGUAGAAAUUUUCAUGGACAUUUCAGCCAAUAUGUAGAGGGUGAUUCCAUAUGUCUGCCUCACUUAUCAGUAGAAAUUUUUGCCCUUCGUAGCUUAAAAUUAUAUUAGACUCACCGGACCAAAACGCAACUUUAUUACGCAAGAUAGUUGAUCAACUAUCCAGACUUGUUAUUGACCGAAUGCCUUCUCGCGGCACGGUUCGUUGCAGUUGUUGCAGCGCUAGUUCUUGCAAGAUCUGGAUGUCAAUUCAUCACUGCCACUUCAUCACAGCAAGAUCUUUGCCCGCUGUUUUGAGGAAAGGUGACCUUACCUUCGACUCACAGCGUGUGUGUUUUCUGAGCUGGCCAUUAAGGAGAAAACUCAAAGCGACUUCGAUAACACUUUGGAGGGAUGCAGAGGUUUUAGUCCUUAAGAGGCGACUCAUAGGACGCUAGCAGUUUUUAACUUUUAAAAUUAUUGCCGUAAUUAUCAAGGGCGAGAAGUGAUUGAGCCCGGCCACGAAGUACCAAACAAGAAAGCUUUGUCACACAAAUUGCAGACCCUGGAUUGAAGUUUUACAAGAGGCUUAACUCGAGAUGGGAUCAGUGAACCAUGAACUACAGUUUCUUCGGAGCAACCAGUUUUCAGGGGAUUUGGAGAAUUCAGAAGUCCAAGCACUACGAAAGGAACGGCAGAUAUCGCGAAAGAUUUUGGUGUUUGCCUGCACCGUGGCAGUUACCGGAUUUGUUUGCCUGGUCAUCGGCAUUGCUUUGCUUCGAAUGAACAGGCUCGAUGAGCAUUUUUCUACGAAGCCCGACAACAAUUGUGCCUCAAAUGGAGGUGAGACGAGCGUCAUAACAAAAACGACGAAUUUCACGCAGAGUUGCAGCUAUUCCGAAGAGUUUAAGAAAUCAGGCCUCCUAAAAUUUGUAAACAAGUUGAAAGAAACGUUUUACAAGCUGCAUCCUUAUGAAGUACCUUACAAGCCACGAGUAUCGACGGAUGAAGUCAGAAAGAACUUCAAAGCAUUUAAUCCGAUUCCUUCCAGUAUAAAGGACAUCACGGACACAUCAAGGUCAUUAUUACAAGAGCUCAGUAAACUACAUAUUAACAUUGGGCUGCUGAAGACGAGAGAAGCAAAAGCACUGGCUGAGAUGAAACAUUUCCUAGCGCAUAAUUUUGGCAAUGUUUAUAAUUUUGAUUAUUAUUCAGGUCAGUGGAUGCUCGGCCCAAACAGAUUUUGUUACGUGGAUGUCAUUGCCAGACUACCAUAUCACUUUCGUAUGUUCUUGAAAAAGUUGUCCCCAUCAACAAUAGAAGAUAUGCAGACCAUCAUUGAAGUUCUAAAAGGCUUUGGAAGAGGAAUUGAGCAGUACAGAGAGAACAUCGAACGUGGAGUCAAAACUGGAAUGGUAGGCUCUGUCGAAGAGUGUCGAGUGGGACUGGAUUGUUUAACCCAGAUGUAUCCGAAAAUUGGGGACAGUCUACGGGAAGAAGACAUCAUGACGGAAUCAUUCUCAGAUCCAUUUCUGACGUAUAGGUUUUACCAAAGAUUUCAGAAGGUGGAAGGGCUGUGGUCACGGAGAGAAAAUGUGUCUUUAGAGUACUCGAUGGCGGACAGUUUGAUUAGUUACGUGGGCGUUCCUUUGGUGAAUUUAAUGCGAUAUCUUAAGGGGGAUCACAUGAAGCAUUGUGUGCCUAGUAACGUUUCCAGCGGACUGUUUAAUCGCCCGUUGCAUUAUGUGUACAAUAACGGGAUUGCUGAUGUUUCUAAGCCCGCGAGUAGAAAACUGCCCAGCGGUGAAAUAAUCGAUGGGAAGGCUGGGUACGAGAGAACUAUGCGAUUUUUUACAACAACAAAUCACACAGCUGAAUCUGUUUACAAACUUGGUUGGUCCUUGUUAGAGUCUAUUUAUCCUCAAGUUUUAGACAUAGCCAAGUCUGUCACGGGAUUCACAAACGAAAGUAAAGCUGUGGAGUCAUUUCGAAAGUUAGUCCAUUCACCAUCAAUGUUCUUCAAUGAGCAACCUUUCCCCAAAAACGAAUCAGACGAGAGAGCUCAUAGGAAGUGCAACAGUGAAAAAGCUGCGCGGGAAUUCUGUCCAGUGCGCUAUGCCGCUAUGCAACGAUGGUUCAAGUUUUCUCGCAGCACUCUCAGUCAAAUUGAGCCCAAGCUCUUGCAGAUGUUUCACUGGCCCCUAGGCCCCCGGAAGACCACGCCCGUUUGCCCUGUUGCCAUCGCAGUGAAUUUUAUGCCGACUUCUUCGGCACAGACUUACACUACAAGUUAUCGGACCUGCAAGAAACCGGCGUUUUUCCGAAUACCUUUCUUUCUGGACCGAAUGGGCCCAAAGUAUUCCGAGUGGACGACGAGUGCUCACGAAGCCAGGCCUGGUCACCACCUACAGUCUCAAGGUUACGUGGAAAAUUUUCUGGACUGGUGCGGCCCAGUAGUAAGUGUCUUGAUCAAGAGCAGAUAUAUUGCUUACUCUGAGGGGUGGGCACUUUAUGCCGAGAAUCCUCUUGUUGCUAAGGAAACGGAUGUUUACAACGACAAUCCACUGAGACGAUAUGGAAUGCUGAAAUGGCAAGUAUGGCGGGCUUUGCGUCUGAUCGUCGACACAGGUCUACAUUUCAUGGGCAUGACACGUGAUCAAGCCAUUCAGCUGUUUAGCGACUACGCUUGGGACGACACAGAUGUGGCUCUGAAGGAAGUGACACGAUACCAGAGCGGUCCUGGGCAAGCGACUGCGUACAUGAUAGGCCAGCAGGCUUUUAUGGACAUGCGAGAAAACGCCCAGAAGAAACUGGGGUCAAAGUUUGACAUACGGGACUUCCACUUUUACUUGUUAUCGCAGGGGCCUGCGCCCCUUGAUUACGUGGCUAAACAAAUUAACAAUUACGUGGAGUGCACCUUAAAUGGAACCUCUCCUGGUUGUGAACAGUUUCAAACAUCUGCGUAUGAGCGAAUGCGAUUCGCCGCAGGUCAGGGAUACGAUUCUGAAUUACAGUGGGAUCAUCUGGAAGAUUUUUAUUUUCCUCCGGAAAUACACGAAUUAUAAUAAUGAGCUUGGCUGAUUUUCGUUGCUAAACAAAUGGAAAAUGAAUGAUAUAGGGAAUAAAGUUUUAUGCUUUGUACCCUUUACGCGGGCUUAAUCUUCAUGAAAAGCACAGGUCCAUCGGCUUUAAAACACGAGUUGUAGUGUAUUUCCAAUGAGAGGGAACAGAUGGAUAAAUGGAAUACUAUUCCAACAAAAAAUGGAGAGUUUCAGUGUCGUGCGAGUUUGUCGAAUGAACGUAAAUUGAACUUACAAAGUCAUAUCAAGUUUAAAGUCCCCUUCCCCCCCCCUACACAACAUAUGAUUUCCUUUUUUAAAUGGCGUACCAAUAGCGAAAUUUUCAAUUGAGUGUCCAAUUUAACCCUGCAAUACAUUUGUUUUUAUGACGCACUGUGAUCAGAGAACAUAGGCAUGAAAAUGUUGCAAGAUUUUAAUUUUUUUCCGAUUCAAUGUAUAGUCAAAAUAAGCUCCCGCAGAGAAAAAAAAAGUCAUGUAAAAACACGCUGUUAAAUAUUUAUACCUCUAGUCAAAUUAAUUUGAAUUCUCAUCGACCAUUUUUUAUGGACUGCUGGGAUAACUUUCGUUUUGAGUUCACAACACUCAAAAAAUGCGCUUUUAAAGGAAAUGAAUUGGGGCUUGAAUGGAGCAAAACAAAUUAGCCCUUGGCAGUGUUGAACGCGGUGAAACAUAAGUUACUUAACCGCGUUCAAAUGAUCUUACUCGUGUAAUUUUCCGAGAAUGACGGGAAAACAAGUUCUGAUUUAAAAAACUGCUCUAAUGUGAUGGUACAUUUUGUAUGUAAAUAUAAUUUAUUUAGAGAAAAUUGCUCUUAAAAUAAAUGACCCCCGAGUAUGUACAGGGAA